AUGCGCCGGCAGAGCGCUGCAUGGCUGGUUAUGUUGAUUUUACUGAGAUGUUUGUCGGUCGACGGUCAAUCGUCGUCUUCAGCCCCGACUGCGGCCGUGCAGCGUGCUAACGAACGUUAUGGUGAACGGGGACUGCGUUUUGUGAUUCGCCCCGUGGAGGGCAUGUACAGUCAGACCUGCCUGCAAGCGGGCGUCGAAGGGAUUUCUACAUUUACCGAAUAUUACUACCGGCACAACCUGGACCAGGACACGCCGAAUACCUGCGACAUCUAUUUCACCAAUACGUGUAUGGACUAUUUGCAGCUGCUCUGCUUAUCCAGCGAGUGGAAUGCCUUCUUCUUUAACAAUGGAUUCACUACACUGUUAUCCGCACCGCCCCUGUUGACACCGGCCUACGCGCUGAUCCUGGCCGGCAGCGAAGUGAGCGUGGCGCGCACUUUAUGGGGCAUCCUCAACUAUUUUUCCUGGUCGCACGUCACCUUACUACUGGAUACGAGCGCCGCCACUAUCUUCUACUCCGACAUCUUCAACGCUGCCAAAGCGCUGCCCUUAAUCGAUGGACGCGCCAAUAGUAACGCUACCGUUUCGACUUUUCCUUUCCAGUCCACCGACAAUGCUUCUAUGGUGGCCGGUCUGCUACGCGCCCAAGAAAACAGCCGCGUCUUCCUUCUGUUCUCCACCGCCUCUGUCGCCUACACCAUGAUGGAUCUGGCAAGCCAACUGGGGAUGACCAACGGAGAAUACGUGUUCUUCAAUGUUCAGCCUGCUCAAACGAGCUUCUAUGGCAAAGCUUCCUUGUUUAACAAUCCUACGCCGCUGAUGUUGAACUUGACGUGGAAUUUGAUUUUUAUAACCUUCCACGAAUCCGACGGCACCGACUACGAGCGGACGCUAAACGGCGAACUGCGCCAGCUGGCCCACGAUCUCUACAAUGUCACCUAUGAGCCAGGAUUCCAGCCGCUGAGCGGUUUUCCGGCACGGAUGGCUUACACAUCUAUCGAGCUAAUCAGCCGCGUCCUGGCCGAUAAUUUGGACGAAUACCGUGCCCGAAAGACGAAUGCGCAGCGUGCUGCUUUCUGCGCCGGCGACCACUUGGCUACUCUGUUCUUCAACCAGACCUUUGCCCUGCCGCACACUAACGUUACCGUUGACGCCAGCGGCCUCUCCAGCAUGGACGUCGACAUAUGGAUGUUCGAUUCACAGACGAAGAACAUGAGUGUGUUUGCCGUGUACCGUUCCGUGGACAACCUCUUUAAGCCAAGGAACAAUUCGAUGCGAGAUUGGCCGACCGGUAGUCCGCCGCUGGAUGUUCCGUUGUGUGGAUUCUCCGGAUUGGAAGGGCCAUGUCGGAACCGCACAUUGAACGGAUCCGUACUGAAUGUAGCGCUGCCAGUGGCCGUGGUUUUUGCGGUGGGGAUCUUGGUGGCCACCUGGGCAACAAUCCGAAAGCGAACACGAAGCGAGGCCACUUUAAGUUACUGGUGGCUAAUUAACGAAAAGGAGCUGGAUGGCGUUGUGGUUAUGGGCGGAACAGAGGUCAAAAAUCCAGUGAUAUGGCGGAACACAACGGUGUGGCUAACCACGACCAAGAUUCAAGGCCGGCCCAAUCUGCCACUUUUAAGACAGCUUGUGUCCAAGACUGCGCAUCCCAAUGUCAAUGCGCUGCUCGGCGUGGUUAUGUUGCCGCACAAAGCGUGUAUUCUUUCAAGCUACUGCAAGCGCGGUUCGUUGCCGACGUUGCUGGAAGCAAUGAAGCUUGACGCGGACUUUCAACUGUCGAUGGCCCGCGAUCUGGCAAAAGGCCUGGUAUACCUGCACAACAGCAUCGGGCGAGCACACGGCUGCCUGUGCUCCGAAUGCUGCCUCAUAGACGACCAUUUCACGCUGCGCAUCGGUCGGUUUGGUUUCGCCGCCAUCAGCAACGCCCUGUCGCCGGUCGGUAACGCGGACCCCCGUACCUCCAACAAUUUAAAGUUUUCUGCGCCGGAUGACAUCUACGCUUCCGGGCAAAUCUUUUUGCUAAUCGUGUACCAGUCGACCAACAGGCCACCCUCCCAGCUGGUAAUCAAGGCGGUGGAGACGGACGCUGCCGAAAGCGAAGCAGCGGCUAACGAUGUGCAACGGGGCUGA